CGCAACGCGUUCUUUCCGGCCACGCGGCGCUUAGGAAAUUAUAAUUUAUCAUUCGUACACAAGGUCAUUGUAUAUCGUUCGGCGGCACAGCACGACAGACAACCGGUGAGGCGAGUCGCGUGAUAUUUAAGCGUGAAUCGCAGUAGCGUUGCAUCACAUACGUAGAUCAGUGUCGAAGCGUCGGUCAACCCUUCGUCUGUUUUGAUCGGUCGACGAUAGUCAUCGAUAGACAGACAGAUGAAUCGGAGGAUCAGGAGGAUCUGCGUGAUCCUGUCCCUUCUGGCUGUUCUGAUAGACAGCCGGACAGAGGGGAGAAUCCUAACGGAGUGCGAGGCUGUGCAGGAGUUGCAGCGAGCCAAAGUUCAGAGGACCUUGAUCAGCAACUGGGUCUGCCUGAUGCAGAGCGAGAGCGGGAUGAACACGCGAUUGGUCACCGGCCCGAAGACCGCCUCUAGCUUCAGUUUCGGCAUCUUCCAGAUUAACAGCGCGAAAUGGUGUUCCAGAGGGCACAGCGGCGGCAUAUGCAACAAGCGUUGCGAGGACUUCGCGGACGACGACAUCCAAGACGAUAUCGUCUGCGCCAAUAAGAUUCAGAGUAUGGAGGGCUUCAAGGCGUGGAACGGCUGGAUGAAGAAAUGCAAGAACAAACCUUUGCCAAAUAUCGGUAACUGCAAACGACGCCGAAGACGACGAAGAAUACGACGAUGAGAAUUACAAGAUUAUGCACUGAUGUGAUAAAAUUACGGUAGAACUUUGUUUAUCUGUUCCGGUAAGGAUAAUAGCGUUUUCUAUAUUUUAGUUCUAUAUUCUAGAGAUAGUUGACGAGGACCAGAGAAACUGAUCGAUUGUACAUAUGUCCGAGGGUUAACGCUAACUGAUGCGGAUAAACGAAGUUCUGCCGUACUGUUAUACUGCGUCGCUGAGGUUAUUGAACUAUUAGGUGUUGGUUCUGUUAUGAAUAUAUGUACAUAUACUGUGUAUAUAGUCUACACGAUGCAAGAUGUUAUUUUUCACCAUUAAUUGACGACUGAUUGCGUAGAUAGAACAAUAAAGUUUUAUAAUGACUGCGAGUGCUGGUUCGAUGUUUGGUUGCGAAUAGGAUCAUAGGUCACGUUAGUGCAUCAUCGCUCACGAGUAUCCGGUCAUUCUGAUUCACUUGGGGUCAGAGUGAAUGUGAAUUUCAACAGAGAGUUAAUGGACAUUUCGUUGAUAACAGCUGCGAAUUUAUAUUACGUGUACUUAAUAACACAUAUGUCUGUGAAUUCAUGAAAUAAAGUAUAUAUCUACUCGCGUAUGUAUUUGUGAAAGAAUGAAUUUCUCUAUAAUCGUAAAUUAAGUCUGUUUUGUACGUCUUCGUUAUUAUAGACUAGAUUAAACAUCCAUGAUCUCUUAA